GUCACCUGAUUCCAACCAACUAGGGGGGCAGGGGGUAUUAAAAAUACGUACACUAAAUUCUUUAAAUCAUCACCAUCGUUCACCUCGACAUCCCGCAUCAUCGUACAGAGUGAAUAGCAAAAGAGAAUUUAAAAAUAGAACCGAAAAAUACGGAUUCGAGGAAGGACAUAGGGAGGGAGGACAUGGGAGGUGUGAAAUAGCGGAGAUAUACAUUUGAAAGCCACCGCUGCGGGCUGGAAAGAGUCUAAUCCUCAAUUCUGUGAGAAGGACAUCCAGCAGCCGGCUGAGAGACAGCAGCCCACAUAACAAUUUUAUAAAAAAUCCGCUUCUACCUUGCUGCUGGCUGCUAAUACGCUGCAGAUUUUUCUGCUUUAUUAUCUUAUGCGGCGUUUCAUUGGGAGCAGCUUUUAACGGCGACAGACAGCAAAUUCAAAGAGAACUCUUACGGCGUUUUAAAAAAUAAGAUAAAAUUCUGCUACAUCACCCGAAAGGAUCUCACAGAAAGGCUGCAAUACGAAAACAGUUGUUUGCGGAGACCACAUUUAUUCUUCUUCUUUAUUCUAAGGAACGCAUCUCUGUGAAAGGCAGCUAAAGGACCACACCGGCAAAGGCUUCCACAAGGGCAGCUCCCGCAUCCGAGGACGUGAAGGUGCUAACUGCACGUCUACAACAGUCUUUUGGGGUUAUUUCAUUACUGGGAGUUCAAGAGACGUUGCAGAUUUAUGUUGAAAGGGAAAGGAUGCCAUAUUUGUAAUAUUUUAUUUUCGAUGCACAUAUUUACAUUUUAUACAAUUUUUUUCACGUAUAUAAGCCCCUAAUAUAGUUAUUAGGACGAAAGUACAUUUUUUGGAAUAAGCAUUUAUUUGACUAAACUACGUAUAUAUUUGUAUAUAUUGCUUUUCUUAGCUUAAUUGGUAGGGUAUCGAACAACCCUGGAGAGAAGAUGUCGGGCCAAACACUGACGGACCGCAUCGCUGCUGCACAGUACAGCGUAACGGGAUCGGCGGUCGCCAGGGCCGUCUGCAAAGCCACCACACACGAGGUGAUGGGACCCAAGAAGAAGCACCUGGACUAUCUUAUUCAGGCUACCAAUGAAACCAACGUUAAUAUCCCACAGAUGGCAGACACUCUGUUUGAGAGGGCAACGAAUAGCAGUUGGGUGGUCGUAUUUAAGGCCUUGGUCACAACGCAUCACAUGAUGGUCCAUGGGAAUGAGAGGUUUAUCCAGUAUUUGGCUUCUAGAAACACACUCUUUAAUCUUAGUAAUUUUUUGGACAAAAGUGGCUCACAUGGUUACGAUAUGUCAACAUUCAUCAGACGCUACAGCAGAUACUUGAAUGAGAAAGCUUUUUCAUACCGACAGAUGGCAUUCGACUUUGCAAGAGUAAAAAAGGGCAAUGAUGGUGUAAUGAGAACUAUGAAUCCAGAUAAGCUGUUAAAAGGAAUGCCGAUAUUGCAAGGACAAAUUGAUGCACUCCUAGAGUUUGAUGUCCAUCCCAAUGAACUGACAAAUGGAGUGAUAAAUGCUGGUUUCAUGCUUCUUUUUAAGGACCUUAUCAAACUGUUUGCUUGCUAUAAUGAUGGGAUUAUAAAUUUACUAGAGAAGUUCUUUGAAAUGAAAAAGGGACAAUGUAAGGAGGCUUUAGAAAUUUACAAGAGAUUUUUAACGCGGAUGACAAGGGUCUCUGAAUUUCUCAAAAUAGCUGAGCAAGUAGGAAUUGACAAAGGUGACAUUCCUGACCUCACAUAUGCUCCCAGCAGUCUCCUUGAGACCCUAGAACAGCACUUGAACACACUUGAAGGGAAAAAGACUGGGAGCAAUGAGGAGUCUUCUCCUGUCAAGGGGUCUCCACCUGACUGCACAACUUCUCCCACUUCCACUCCUGCUAAAGCUAAUGAAUCAGCUUCAGUGGUUGACCUUUUCUCAUCUCCGUCUUCUGCUGCCGCUUCAAAAAUAUCCAAACCAUCAAAUGAUCUUCUUGAUUUGCAGCCAGAUUUCUCUUCGGCACAGCCAGCUGGUGCAGCAGUCAGUGGGUGGGGAGACCUGUUGGGGGAGGACUCUCUGGUGGCUCCAGCCCCUGUAACUGCUUCUGAGACGCUACUUUCUGAUCCCUAUGCAGUAGAGGCUGCACCCUCUCCUCCUCCUCCUACUACUACUGCUACUCCUGCAGCCUCAGAGAUCACUCCUGUGACUGCUGCUGCCACGACACCUGCGGUUGCAGCAGCACCUCCUGUUCUUUCUGCUGCUGCUACUGCCAAUGUCUCUGCUGAUGUGGAUCUGUUUGGAGAUGCGUUUGCGAGCUCUCCUGUCGAAGGCCUCACAACCGCCGAAGGGGGGGUCACUGCGGAAACCCCUGUCCCUGCUGCAGCUGCGCUUGACGCAUGUGCUGGAACUGACCCCUUUGCACCAUCUGAAGGUAGUGCAGAAGUUGCUCCAGAGCUGGACCUUUUUGCUAUGAAGCCUGCCGAGAGCACCGUUCCAGUAGUUACCCCUACAAGUAGUGCAGCUCUGGCUGCUCCUGCUGCAACUCCCAGUGUCAGCAAUGCUGCUGCUGCUACUACUGUCACCACACCUGCUCCUCCUGCUCUAGAUAUCUUUGGGGAUUUAUUUGAUUCUAUGCCUGAGCAAAAUGCCUCCACAGCUCCCAAACAAGACGCUACUCCUAGCAUAGACCUAUUUGCAGCAGAUGCAUUUUCCCCUCCACCCCCUGGGGUCACCCCUGCUCCAGAGGGUACUCUGUCUGCUGACCUUUUAUCUGUGGAUGCAUUUUCUACUCCAACACCAGCUCCUGCAGCUUCUCCUGCAAAGCCAGAUGCUGCAAAUGUCCUUGAUCUCUUUGGGGAUGCUUUUGGUGGCUCUGGAGCUGAGCCUCAACCCACCACUCAGGCUGCACCAAGUUCAACUGCGUCCGCUGACCUGCUGUCUGGUUUAGGGGGUGCCUUUAUUGCUCCAAGUCCUGCUCCUGGGGCACCAGCUCCUGUUCCCAACAACCUAAUGCAGCCUAACUUUGAUGCAGCCUUUGGAUCUACAUCAGUGGCACCUGCAAACAACUCUUUUGAUUCUUCAGUUUUUGAUGGAUUAGGAGAUCUGCUAAUGCCUACAAUGACACCACAAACACCGGGAUCUCCUGCAACGGGGCUUGGUGGAAUGGGACUGCCUCCUCCAUCUAGUAAGGUCUUGGGUGGUGACCUGGACUCAUCUUUGGCUAAUCUUGUAGGAAACCUUGGAAUUGCCGGACAACAAAAGAAGGAUCUUCAAUGGAAUGCUGGUGAAAAAAGGCUUACAGGAGGUGCAAACUGGCAACCAAGGGUGGCACCAGCCACGUGGGGGGCACCGGGGGCUCAAAUGCCUUGUCCUGUUCCACCCGGAGGUGUUCCACCAGUAGGGGGCGUGCCUCCAGUUGGGGCAUCCGUACCACCGAUGGGUGCUGUUCCCCCUCAGCCUGGGUUUGGAAUGCCUCCUGCUUCAGGAGCACCCAUGAUGCCCCAGUCAUCAAUGAUGUACCCUCAGCCAAUGAUGAGACCGCCAUUUGGGGCUGCUGCAGCUCCAGGAGCACCAUUGUCUCCAAGUCCUACACCUGCAACACAGAGCCCCAAGAAGCCCCCAUCCAAAGAUCCACUAGCAGAUCUCAACAUAAAGGAUUUCUUAUAAACCCUGAAAGGUACCAUUUAAUUUGUUACUUUCUUUUUUAAUAUAUAUAGUUUUUUUUUUUUUUUUUUUUUUUUUGAUGGGACUCCAUGAAAGUGUUGGCUUGGUGUCUGCAAGUAAUCACCGAUACCCAGAUGCUCCCAGCUAGCCACCAGUACAAAUUUCCAUGCAGAUGUUUACUCCUCUGGUUGUAAAAUGUUGUAGCACAACUGUGAAAGUGAACCCUAGAAAUGUGUGCUUAUCUUGAUGUAACCCCAGUCCCACCCCACCUACCCACUGGACCAGAAAUUUGUGUCAUUAAUAUCUUUCCUUAUAAGUGUUUGCAAACUUGAACGAUGGAUGUAUGUUACUGGUGCCCGCCAGCGCGUUUACUCUUUCUGUUCUACAAUGACAGGCACUCAGCUCUUACGAUGUGGUGAGCCAUCUGGAAAAAUAUGUAUGUGUACUUGGGAACGUUUUUAAUGUAUAUAACUGGCAAAUCCUAGGAUUUUCUCUAUUCUGUAUGUCUGUUGCAAGUGUAUAGUUGUUGAACUGAUAUGAAACUGUUUAAACAGUAAUGUGACUAUAACCUUUUUUCUCUCUUAUUUUCGAUCCAGUUAAUUAGGCAACAUUUGAACAAUUUGCUGCCAGCUUAAGAAACCCAGAUCACCACCUAAUAUUUUGUUUUCUGUUUUUGGAGUUAUUUUGUGCUUAUUUUAAAUUAUUUUAUAUUUCAGUGGUUUAAUUUGUUGCAUUUAAUAUUAGCCACACAUGACCUUCUGAAAAGUUACUUUUUAUCCCUGAAAUUCUAUAUUUUAGUUAAAUCUGUUGAUUUAGAGGGAAAAAAGGCGUAUUCAUAAUUUACUUUCAGCACUAACUAACACAGUAUUUAGAAACUUUGUGUUUUGGGUGUGUAUACCACAGUCAUUGGAUUUUUCACAUUUAGGACACGAGCGAGGGUGCUUUGUCACUACCAACCAGUGGCCCAGACAGGAGGUCCUGCUGGCAGUCAUUUCCUUAAUCAGUGUAUGUUUGUUUCUUGUGUUUUUCAUUUAACUAACAGGCCUGUGAGUUGUGCUAUUUUUGUAUUAUGUAGAGCAGAUUGGUAUCUCUAUCUCCAUACCUUCAACCUCAUUUCCUCUCUGUUAAUGUACAUGUUGCAUUUUCUGUUGCUUCAGUCUUUGGUUUUCAUGCAAGCUGUGGUGGGAGUCCAGCUGAAGAUCUUUAUGCAUUAAGAGGGGGAUCACUGUUGAGCAGUGUUACUUGUGUGUUUAGGCUUGGCAGCUUUUUAGAGAAGCCGUGGAAUCAGUCUGACAGUAGCUCCUGUACACUCUGAAAUAUUACUGAAUAAUCUAUGUAUUGUACCAUUCCAAGUGACUGUAUCAGAAAUGCCGUAUGUUGUGAAAAUAUGAAACGGCGGGUGAAAAAGAAAAUAUAAUAAUAAUUUGGUUAAAAUGGCAUUUGUUUGUUUUUUUUGUUUUAUGACCCCAGUGCAUGUAUGCCCUUUGAAAUGCAAUAAAUACACUGAUCUAAAGAAACAA